UUCUCCCUCCUCCUCCUUGCCAGUGAAGGAGAGAAGCAGGAGUAGGACGAACAAGCAGGGACAGGGAAGUGAAACAGUCUGGAGACAGAAGUCAAAAGACAAUUACUUUACAUUUUUUCCAUUACUCUGGACUGUCAAGACCAAGACUCGUCAGAGGUGAAAACUAGAGAAACAGGGAUGAAUGUGACUAAACUACUGUACCUUUGAUUGGUUUAAUUAAUCCAACACUUACUGUAGAUUCUGUUUGACAACUACUAAACUGUGCAGACUCCAAUCCUGAUUGGAUGCUUAUUUCAGAAUGACAGCUGAAGACUCAGCCUCUGCCGCUGCUAUGAGUAACCCUAGCCCUUCCUCCACUUCUAAAGCCUCCUCAGGGCAUCCUCAACAUCACAGCUCCAUUCCAGAGGGUGUGGCUGGUGCCCCCAAUGAAGCUGCACUUUUGUCCUUAAUGGAGCGGACAGGCUACGGAAUGGUGCAAGAAAAUGGACAGCGCAAAUAUGGCCCGCCACCUGGCUGGCAAGGCCCUGUCCCCCAACGUGGCUGUGAAAUAUUUGUGGGUAAAAUCCCACGUGACGUUUACGAGGAUGAGCUGGUGCCAGUAUUUGAGAGUGUAGGACGGGUUUAUGAGAUGCGCCUUAUGAUGGACUUUGAUGGGAAGAACCGUGGUUAUGCAUUUGUCAUGUACACACAGAAGCACGAGGCUAAGCGAGCUGUUCGUGAUCUCAAUAACUACGAAAUCCGGCCAGGAAGGUUACUAGGCGUUUGCUCUAGUGUAGAUAACUGCCGCCUCUUCAUUGGUGGAAUUCCCAAAACCAAGAAGCGUGAGGAGAUCCUGGAGGAAGUUUCCAAGGUUACAGAGGGGGUGCUGGACGUGAUCGUGUAUGCAAGUGCAGCAGAUAAGUUGAAAAAUCGUGGUUUUGCCUUCGUAGAGUAUGAGUCUCACCGUGCUGCUGCUAUGGCCAGAAGAAAGCUCAUGCCAGGACGAAUUCAGCUCUGGGGACACCAGAUUGCAGUUGACUGGGCUGAACCUGAGAUUGACGUUGACGAGGAUGUCAUGGAAACAGUAAAGAUUCUAUAUGUACGGAACCUGAUGAUAGAGACCAGCGAGGAGACUCUGCGCCAAACCUUUGGCCAGUUCAACCCUGGCUGUGUAGAACGUGUCAAGAAAAUCAGAGACUACGCCUUUGUCCACUUUGUCAGUCGAGAUGAUGCUGUGGUUGCAAUGGACAACCUGAACAGCACAGAGAUCGAAGGUUCUCUUAUUGAAGUGACCCUGGCCAAGCCUGUGGAUAAGGAGCAGUACACUCGCUAUCAGAAGGCAUCGAAGGGAACACCGGCUGUGACGACUGUCGACAAUACCCCACAAAGUUACUUGUAUCAGUGUGACCCAUAUACACUCGCCUAUUACAGCUAUCCGUACAACACACUCAUUGGACCCAACCGUGACUACUUCAUCAAAGCAGGUACUGUAAGAGGCCGUGGUCGUGCUGGGGCUGGUAACAGGGGCCCAGGGCCCCGUGGCUCAUACCUUGGUGGCUAUUCAGCUGGCCGAGGCAUUUACAGCCGCUACCAUGAAGGAAAGGCCAAACUGCCGGACAAACCUUAUGAGAUCAUGACCAAUUUAGAGCUUGCAGCUGUGAACCAAGUCGGCAUGAAGCCUGGCACAAUGGCUCUUCCAGCUCUUGGUGCCCAGUACCCUGCUGUGUUUUCUGCUGCCCCACCGACUAAGUUAAUGCAGGAUGGGAAGAUGCAUCCAGUGGAGCACCUGAUAAACCCUCUGGCCCUUCAGCAUGAUCCCAAUGCUGCCCAGGCCACUGCGGCUGUCAUACCUGCAGUCUCCACACCACCCCCUUUCCAGGGUCGUCCUAUAACUCCUGUCUAUGCCAUGGCUCAUAAUGUCCAGAGGAUCCCAGCAACUGCUGCCAGUCUGUAUGGGGCUGGAUACAUGCCUAUAGCUGCCCACACCAACACUGCCACUCUGGCAGCACUGCAGAAGAAUGCUGCUGUGGCAGCUGCAGCCUAUGGAGGAUACGCCGGGUACAUGCCCCAGGCCUUCCCUGCCACCUUCCACAUGCCCAUUCAUGAUGUGUACCAGACAUUCUGAGAUAUCAUCAAUCAAAAUGACCUGCAGUUACACACACCAGCACAGACAGCAAGCCUUCAUGCUACAUCUAUGAGGUCUUCUGGCUAAAUGAACCACGCCGUGUGACACUGACAUACAACAAAAACUAACAUUUUCUGACUCGUGUCUAACUCCCUGGACACCUUUAGAUUCCUGCACAAGUUAAUGCUGGAAGCAAGGAUGUAAAUCGCUUUUCACUAAUCCCAAAUUUACUGACCUACACUCAUAGACACCUCUCUGGCCUACAUUUAGUAAUCUAGACAUGUGACCUAGACUUCUAAUCUACUGAUUUAGACCAAAGUCACUUGUAAAUUCUACUGAUCAGCUUAUCAAUAUGCCUGGUGCUCAAUUUUCAUCUCUGCUCCCUUUGUGUUAUAUGUCUAUGUAGACACAAACCCCUGCAAUGUGUUCCGAGCCCAACCUACUUUCCCUCUAGACAAAUGAAAAACAACUGUCAUCUGUCAGUCAAACCCUCUAAUUGAUAUGUUCACCAGACUUACUCUGAUUCAGAAGCCAUCACACAACUAAAUGAAUGACAAAUCAAUUUCGUCUUCUCUCAUACUCCCUAUUCAGAUCCCCUCAAGAGGCAUAUGACAUGAUAACAUGUUUUAUGAUACCACAGAGGCCUUUAACAACUUUGUUUAUUAGUUUAGCACCACUGUGUACUGAAUACAGCGGUGGACUGACUCCAGGUGAUUUGUUAGUGCAUUUAUAUGAAGAAAUGUAGCAUUUAAUACUUGCCAGGUUACACCUACUGACAUAUCACUGUCUUCCACACAAACUCCAGUGGAUAGCCAUGAGCCAGAGUAUUUCUGUCUGUUUAGGGACACCAAACACUCCUAAUACCACUCAUGUGCCUUCAUGGCCAAAAGAAUACUGAAGGAACAUUAUAGUAUUUGUGGACUUUAAAAGAAUGUAUUUAAUGCCUCUCUUUGCUUAAAUACUUUUGUGAAGAAAAACUAUAAAACUGUAAAAAGAACAACAAAAUCAACAACUGCUGAGCAGGAGCUUCAACAACUACAGAAGUAGAAGAUUUUAAGUGUUUUUAAGUUGUAUAAUGAGAUAUACAUGCAAAAUGUUUUGUUUUGAAGACGUCUGAAUUUUCCGUCCACUGAGUUGCCCACCUGCAAGACUAGAUGAGAAUAUUAGCAUUUAUUUUUCUCCUUUAGUGUUUAUGACAAUAGUUUGCUUUUGCUAUUUUAUAUUUAGAUUAUUUUAAGAUUUGAAUAUUUAGUUGUUUUUAUUGCCUGGAAGAUUUUGUAUUUUGUUUUUCUAAACUGGGAGAAAAGAAAACACCGACCAUAUAAACAGAUUAUGACUUAAACAAGAAUCAAACAAUGACUAUCAUUCUGUUUUCAAAGCAACAGUUCAUUCCAAAACAGAGUUGAGCCUCUGGUGAAAUGCGUUUUAUAUAAUUUAGUUCAAGAACAUAUGCUGAAUGACAAUUGUUGCGUGAUAAUACAUUUUAAAUACACAAACUGGACUGAUAAAAAGUAGCUGGGUUGAAGAUACAGUAUAGCAUAAUUUAUAAUAAAGUAUUUCUACCAACUGAAAUUGGUUGCGCUGGUGGUUUAUAGUUAAAGGGAUAGUUCAUCCAAAAUUGAAACUUCUCAUUAUUUACUCACCCUCAUCCCAUCCCAGAUGUGUAUGACAUUCUUUCUUCUGCUGAACACAAACGAUUUUUAGAAGAAUAUUUCAUCUUUGUUGAUCCAUACUGUUGGAGGUCCAAAAAGCACAUAAAUGCAGCAUAAAAGUAAUCCAUACAACUCCAUAGGUUAAAGCUAUAUCUUCAGAGGCGAUAUAAUAGGUGUGGGUGAGAAACAUAUAAAUAUUAAGUCCUUUUUAACUAUACAUUCUCCAACCUGCCCAGUAGGGAUCGAAAUGCACAAAGAAUGCGAACUGCCAAAAACAAAAGGAGAAGAUUGUGUUAGCGGAUGUGUAUAUUUAUGUUUAAAAAAGACUUAUUGAUCUUUUUCUCACCCACACCUAUCCGUAUCGCUUCUGAAUAUAUGGAUUUAACAACUGGAGUCAUAUAAAUUAAUUUAUGCAGCCUUUAUUUGCUUUUUGGACCUUCAAAGCUCUGGCUUCCAUUCACUUGCAUUGUAUGGACCAACAGAGCUGAGAUAUUCAAGUCAUAAUUAUCUGGGAUGGCAUGAGGGUGAGUAAAUGAUGAGUAUUUUCAUUUCUACUUUCCCUUUAAUGACCGAAUUGUGCAUUGAGCAGCCUUUAGUUCUGUGUUUCCCAGCUACUGGUAUUUUAAUGCAUUACUAUCCAGUCUCAGGUGCCUUUUUGGACCAUUAGAUGAAAAUAUAUUCUCCCUAAUAUUCCCUUUUGUGCCAAUAAAACAAAUUACACUUGAAGUACUGUCCAAUUUACAAUAGAACUAAUGAUUUCCAUGUUGUUUCUUAACGUGGUCCUGAGAUGCAGGUCAAGUAAACAAAUUAAAACAGAGGGGAAAUCAGGUCGCGAGACUCCAAUUUCUUUCCACCUAAUUCCUCCUACAGAUGCCUGUAAGCUCAGCGGACUGUCCAUUAUGUUGAGUAAUUUGCUUUCUUUUGUAGUUCUAACCCUGCAUUUUUGGAGACCACACACUAUGUGGAACAGUACAGGACAUGCUUUAAUGUUGACUGUACUGAGGUGUACUUAAACAUGUUUUAGGGUGUUAGAAGUUCUUGCUAUUUGUGUGUGUGUGACCCAAAAGCUUUUGUCUUUUUUGGGGUAUUUUAACUGGAAUGAAUUUGACCAAACUGAAACCAGGGAGCUCAGAAAACCUCUGUUAAAUUAACCAUGGCCUUUUCAAUGACUGCAGUAUGUCAUAACAAUGUCCUCCUGAAGACUGCUGUAUGCCACCACUAUGCAUUCUGUAGGGAUGCAUUUGUCACAUCUGUGCCUUUUAUUCAGACUGCUGUGUCUGACAAGUGACCUCUAAAAACACAGUGUCUCUCCUCUCCUCUCCUCUUUGUUUUCUUUCAGAAAUGUUUUUUUGAUAACUAUUUGUGUUAUACUGUUGUAUCUAUUGUUUUGGGGGGCUCAGAGUGUUAGAGUCGCUGCUUUAUGUGGUAUUUUGCUUUCAUUUAUUAUGUUAUAACAGAAAUAAUGUUAAGUAUAGCAUAUGCUUAGAAGAGACUGAGUGAAACUUGGUUUGGGGGAAAUCUCAAGAUAUCCAAACCAAAAAUGACAAUCCACAGAGUUAAUCUCUUACAGGUUACACACACCAUGUAAGAUAAGAGACAUGUGUGAGCCACACACAUUUUCGCACACUGCCAAUAUCAUUGAGGACAGUGUCUCUCAAUCACUCACACACACACACACACUCAAUCACUGUGUGUGUGUGUGUGUGUGUGUGUGUGUGUGUGUGGUAAUGCCUGUGUGUUUAAGGGGAGCAUCCAUUCUCUCUCUAUUAGAAUCUUAUAUUAUGAGCAAAACUGUCAGGAUAUAUUUAAUAUAUACAGUACAUUGUUUUUGUGUAUGAAGUACAAGGAAAUGCUAUAAUAUAUUUCAAGACUUUUUUCCAUCUUUAUAUGUGCUUUGUUUAGAGUUAAACAGCUACAAAAACAUGUUUUUGUUUGUUUGCUUGUUUUGGCCAAGGUGUUCAAUGGGGUGUGCAAGAAUGCUUUGUGCGUCCGCGCGUGUGUGUGUGUGUGUGUGUGUGUGUGUGUGUGUGUGUGUGUGUGUAUGUGUGAGCGUGUAUUUAUCACUUUGUGGGGACCAAAUGUCCCCAUAAGGAUAGUAAAACCCGAAAUUUUUGACCUUGUGGGGACAUUUUGUCGGUCCCCAUGAGGAAAACAGCUUAUAAAUCAUACUAAAUUAUGUUUUUUGCAAAUGUAAAAAUGCAGAAAGUUUUCUGUGAGGGUUAGGUUUAGGGGUAGGGUUAGGUUUAGGGGAUAGAAUAUAAAGUUUGUACAGUAUAAAAACCAUUAUGUCUAUGGAAAGUCCCCAUAAAACAUGGAAACACAACAUGUGUGUGUGUGUGUGUGUGUGUGUGUGUGUGUGUGUGUGUGUGUGUGUGUGUGUGUGUGUGUGUGUGUGUGUGUGUGUGUGUGUGU